AUGUGCACUUCAGACAUCUUCCUCGGCCUAAUCGCAAUCCUCUUCCCCCCUCUUGCAGUCUGGGUCAAACGCGGCAUCUGCUCCGCCGACUCUCUCAUCAACAUCUGCCUCUGCGCACUCGGCGUCCUCCCCGGUGUCAUACACGCCUGGUACAUCAUCGCGAAAUACCCCGAGCUGGACUAUGAUUACCUUCCGCAAGAUGCCGAGUCCGGACGAGUCACCUACGUGAUCGUGACCUCGCCCGACGGCGGCCGGACGCGCGUCCCCAAGAACAAUGCGAGGCCCGCCCAGCGCGGGUAUGGUACUACCGCCCCUAUGGCUCCUCCUGUGCACCAGGACCAGAAUGGCACAUGGAAUAACAAUAAUGCCGCGGAGGGCAGCAGUGGUGGUGCCGUACCGCCGACUUAUGCGGAGGCUGUGAAGGGCGAUCAUAAGGUGCAAACGAGAGAUUAA